AUGACUAUUAGAAGCUUCGAAAAAGGCUCAACCAAAAACUUUGAGUGGCAGAGCUCAUCCGCUAAUUGUCUUCGAUUUUUGCUCGUUCUCUACGAUAAGUCCUCUUUCCUCGGAACGGUACUUCGGACUGUAAUGAAAACUCGAGAAAAUGAGCUGAUCGAGCUGACCGUUCGUUCGGUGCCCACUGUGUUCCUCUCCAACUGCGCCCACACCUACCACAGAUCACAGCUAGAUAAGUCAAUGGGUGAAUUUGGGAGGCGGACCAUACCAUACUGCAGACCGAUAUCCAUGGGACAGAGAGCCGCCAAGCACAACAUGCAGGCGGGCGUUCGACUAUAUCACCAACGACACCAUGCGCAGGCGAUUCACAAAUGGAGGCAAGCCCUGCAUCGGUUGACAAACGCCGAAGACCGCUUCAUCACGCUCGGUUACCUUGCGCAGGCGUUUUGCGACAGUGGCGAGUUCGAGGCGAUGCUUCACUACGCAUUGCAGCAGAUGGAACUCGCCAACGAGCGUCACGACGAAUAUAUGAAGAGUGAGGCGUUCCUGAAUUUAGCCAAGGCUUACGAGCGGCUCGCCGACUUCAGCAAGGCGUUAAGCUAUGGCAAAGCAAGUCUUCAGCAUCCGAGCAUGGAUCCGAGGACACCGGGAUAUGCUCAUUUAGCGAUCGCAUGCGCCCAUUUAGGCUUCAGUCAGUUCCAGAACUGUCUCGAAGCAUUUGAGCAGGCGAUGAACGUCGCUAAUGAGACCGGCGACAAACUGCUGGAACUGCAGAUUUGCGUUGGACUUGGCUCGUUAUUCACUUUGUUGAGGGAUCUGUCGAAAGCGUUGAUAUUUUUGCGGAAUGCCUUAGCCAUCAUCCAGUCUGUAACGGUUGACGACGUCCACGCAAAGUACAGGUGCACAAUUCUUUACCAUCUCUCAGUGGCUUUACGGAUGCGUGGAUCAUUGGUGGAGGCAAAAGAAGCUUGUGAUGAAGCGUUGCAACUCGCGUCAGAGACGGGUAAUCGGGCGCUCCAUGCUAGAUGUAUGUGCAGCUUGGCUGAUAUUUACCGUGAAUUAGGAGAAUCGGAAGCAAAAGAGACGUUAACAAAGUCUUGGGCUCGAUACGAGGAAGCGUAUCGAGUGCUUCGGGCAUCACAAGAUCGUAUGGGUGAGGUCCUGGUACUGGCCAGUAUGGCUAAAAGUGCAUCCGAAAGUCGUUCACACUACACUGGGCAAUGCGAAUGUCAGGCGAUUCAACUGAACAAGAAAUGCUUAGAUAUCGCGAGAUCACUGGGAUGCAAGCAUGUAAUGUUUAAAUGCCAUUCUCGCCUUGCCGAACUCUACUCACAACUGAACGAUGAGGACAGCGAGGAAGUCGCGCGGAGGGCGGCCAGUCAGCUCACACAGGAAAUGGAGCUUUUCUGUAAUUUUUGCGGGCAAAGGUACGGAAUCAAGGACGAGAGCUUACAAGCCUUGAGGUGUUCACAUGUCUUUCAUGAAAGAUGCCUUCACACAUUCCUCCUGGAGCGCGAAGAUCAAACAUGUCCAAAGUGUCGUUGUAGAGCAAUUGUAUCCGAUAACAUCUCCAUGAGGACGCCAAGCAUUUGCUCAACUGUGGACGCACAGUCACCAAGCACUUCGCAAAUGCCAGUACCUUCUGGUGCGGUGAAAACUCCACUUGUAGCAGCAGCAGCUGAACUUGGCGACACACGACCUCAAUCGACUCUCACGAGGGCUACGGCAAGGCAAGCUGAGCGAGACAUAGAUCGUCUUGAUCGCACUCUAAAUCGUAUGGAGAACCGGAACGAUACGAGCACACUGAAGAAAACAAAACCACCUCCUCCACCUCGGAAACCGUGUUGCUCCAAGGAUGGUUUUCCGCCGUCGUCAGUGGUGUCAUUGCCGCCGCCGAUGCCGCUUCCGGAGACAGGACCGCUUGUCUUCUCACGAGCGCCAACCAUCACUGACGUCUAG